AUGUUGACUCUGCUCGAAAUCCACAGCGCAGUGGCAUCAGCGCCUCCACCUCAGCUGCCUGUCACUACUGAUCCUACCGCCAUGGAGGUGGAGGAAGCGCCAGCUCCAGCUGCGGAUACUACGGAUACAACUCCGGCAGAUCCAAACUCAGGAGGAUCUUUUUUGAAGGCCGUCUUAUCAGGCAUGGAGCAGCGAAGCGAAGCAGCUGAAGUUCCUGUCAGCGCUAGUGGAGUUCCAGUAAGUGUUGCACUCAAGACGAUGCAAGCCGUUCAGAAAAGCCAAGAGGCGACCGACUUGCACGAGGCUCUUCACGAGUACACGUUGUUUCCACGACCUUCCUCUACCAAGGACAUUGCCAAACUAGCGGGACUCGUUAACCGACUCAUUGCCAUCAUUGCCAAGGCUGGCCUAGAGAAGGGUGGUACCGGUACAACGUGCAAAGAUGCUUGGACCAUAUUUACACUCACAACACUUCUAAGAAGGUACCAUGCAAAGGCUCCUGAAGCCAAGGCUCAGCCUGCCAAUGAUGACACAGGCACUACUGGUCAGCAGGCUCAACGAGUCCUCAAGACUGAGGAACAAAAGCAAGCUCAGCUGGCAUACCAAGCUGUCGGCGCCAUGAUCCGACUGGCAGCCAAGAUUGGCGGGACCAGAGAUCUUUGUGCCAUUAUGGAGCACCUCACGAUGGCAACCUUGGUUCAGGCCAAGUUUGUCCUUGUACCACCCAUUGUGCUUGCUACCGGAGCCAUGAUGGAGGUCACGGUCGAUCCUCCAGAAACAUUUGCAGACAAGCUGGUGCCGGCCGUUCAGAAUUUUGCCAUUCAAAACAAUCAUACCAACGAACUCCUGGAAUUGGCACUCCGACUGGCUGCCCAACAGCUUGAUCAAGAUUUGCACCUCAUCAACAAAGGCAAACACGAGGACGACGAUAAUCCUAAUCAGGGCGAACACCAAGAGAUCUUGAGCACCAUUCAUGUCAUGAUCCCUCACAACCAACGAGGCAGCAACACACGGGCAUCGUGGCAGCGAAAACUUGCCAAUAGUCUCGCAGAAAUCCUGAUUUGGCAAAGAACCGAGACAGCCGCAAAAACUGAUUCUCGUUUCGUCAGGGCGAUGGACGCACUCAAGGCACUUCCCGAUAUCAUACACAAAGGCAACAUUGAAAAGGGACAGGCGCUCAUACAGCAGUUGCAAACAUCUAUUCGCAAACACCGACAGUUGCUCAACAAUCAUGCACGUCAACAGGGAUUCCUUGUCGCGUCGUCCUACCAGAUUGACAAGACUUCAAUCACGUUCAAAAUGAUACGGAGAGCUAAAGUGGGAGAUCUCAAGGUGUUGGAACUAUUGGCGCGCAAACACGGCGAUGCACGCACACUCAGACUCAUUGCCAAGCGCCAUUUGGAUCCGGACAAGGCCAUACCGAUGGAAUCCAUUCAGGAAUUGAUAUCCAAUUGGGUUGGUAUUGGUGGUGACGAUGACAAAGAUGAUGAAUUGGCUGCCAUUGAGCUUCAACUACAAGCCAGCAUGGUCCAGGCUACGCUGGACAAGUUACGCUGUCCAGAAACCGACAGACCCGUUCUGGUCACCUGCGUGGGAGCCGAUCGCGACAACAUUGUGUGUGCCAUCCUAGUGGCCGCUAGUGUGGAAAACAGUCGUUUGAGUCUUGCUGGCGAAGUUCAUGAUGUUUCCACGACGGGAAACUGCAUCGAUCUGCUCAACCAAGUCUUGGUCCAAUCCAAGUUCCUGGUGGACGGAGAGCAAGGAUUCAUGGCGGUUGAGGAAAUCCUAAACAAUAACCUGCGCAAGGAAGACAAAUCCAAGGAGGAUGUCAUUGUGCUCUCGUCAAGAGAUCUGGAGCUCGACGAACACGUCUUGAAGGAAUUACAGGAAAGGGACAUUACGCUACGUGUCCAUGCAACUUCCAAGCUUGUGGCGGCGCCGACUGGAACGGUGCAACUUUCGCUCAACACGACAAUAUAUGACCGGAUCAAAGCACGACAACCGCUGACGCUGGGGGUUGUCCUGGAUUGCACCGGAAGCAUGGGAGGAGAGAUCGAGGGAUGUAAGAAAGGGGCCCUUAAGCUCAUUUCCACAUUCCAAGAGCUCGCGCCCGUCACCGCGGUCAAUUUUAUGGGAUAUUGGGAUCCGGUCAAUGUAAGCACAGAUCCCCAACCAAAGAGCACGGGAUACUUGAACACUACGAAUCGCCACCACCCAGAGAACAUGACCGCUCUGACGGAAUUCGUCAAUACCCAGCUCGUCUGUCAGGGAGGAGGAGACGAGCCGGAGGACAUUCCCCAAGCCUUGGAAAAGUUUAUUGACGACAUGAAAACAGCCGGUUUGUCAGCUGAUAAGGGUGUCCACAUGCUCUUUCUCAUUGCCGAUGCAGGAUACCGAAGCAACGAGGAGCAUCGAAUGCGAGCGGCACUUGAGAUAUUGAAGAAAUUGGGUGUUGUCCUGGUCAUGUGCAAAGUACGAGGAGGCGGGUCCAUUCAGACCUUGGUGGACCGGUCCAAAGAGUGUUUCCAAGAAGAUGGACAAUUGAUAUUGCUGGGUGGAGUGGGCCAGCUGGCAUCUAUUGCAGCCAGUGUGACUGAAUCCAUCCGAGCAUCACUCUUUCAAUCGAGCAAUGUCGUAUCUGUCACGGCAUCAGUGGGCAGCACAAUUGACGCGAUUGCAAAGCUGGUCAACUUCCAGGAGGAUCACGAGGCCUUGAAAACGAACGAGGAGCUCACAAAGGAUGAGAAAGCGGAGGAUGUCAAAGGAGUCUUUGCGUCCAAGAAAGAAUACACCUUGACCUCUCGUGACCGCCUGUAUCUGCAGCUGUCUCGUCUUCCUCCCUUGUGCCACGAAUCCGUACAGUCGGCAUUUGGGGGCAAGACCCUGCAAGAGCUCUCAGCAGCAGCAAUUGCCAACCGUCUGCGUGCAGAAGGUAUCCCGGUUGUCAAGGUAGAAAAGGCUGGAUAUCCUGAGGAAGUCGUAGAACUUGUGAAGAAUUUGAUGGGAGGACAUGGUGUCAUGCGGGUAGAUGGUUGA